CUACAUAUCACAACAUUUAAAAGUUGUUUAUUUUUUGAACACAUUAAAAACAUUGUUUAAUUUUGUGCAGGCUAUUCGUUUUUUUUUUUAAAUUUAUAUUAAUAAUAAAUUUUACUAUUAUUUGUAUCAGUAUGCAUUGCGAUUGCUGAACUCGAACUACUAAUAGUACCUAAUCCUGUUCUGAGCACCCAAACUGAUAGUUAAAAUUAUUAAUUUGUCUUAAGAUUUAGACAGUUUUCUGCAUAAAAAAAAAAAAAAACUCUUGUGUACACACUCUAAAGAAAUGGCUGAUGAAAUUAAACCUUGUGACCAUGUGUAUGUGAAACAGGAAGAGCUACUCCUCCCAGACGAAGAUACCACGGUUGUCGUCAAAAAAGAAGAAGAGGAGGAACCGAUGAUUGAUUACAAUGCCAUGAUUGCUAUCAAAGAAGAGGGACUGAAGAUUGAUUAUAGUUCCGAGGAUAGUUGUCAUAUAAGUGAGAAAUUCCAUCAAUGUCCACUCUGUGAUUAUAAAUCCAUUAAUUCUCAUAAUUUGAUAAAACAUGUAAUAGAGUCCGGUCAUACACUUGAGAAACACAAUAAAUGUCCUCAUUGUGGUUAUAAACGUGUUAACUAUCAUAACUUCGAAACACAUAUAAAAUCCUGUCGUACAAUAGAGAAGCCUCAUAAAUGUCCCCAUUGUGACCACAAAUAUAUCAAAUCUAGUUAUUUGAGAAGACAUAUCAUGUCCCGUCAUACAGUGAUUAAGUCACAUCACUGUCCUCAUUGUGGCUAUAAAUCUGUUUUAUUAUGUAGUUUAAAAACCCAUAUAAUGGCUCAUCAUACAUUUGAGAGGCCUCAUCAUUGUCAGCAAUGUGACUAUAAAUCUGUUUCGUCUCGUAGUUUGAAAAAUCACAUAAUGGCUCGUCAUACAGGUGAGAAGCCUCAUCACUGUCAUCUCUGUGACUAUAAAUGUGUUUAUUUUCAGGGUUUGCAAAGACACAUAAUGUCCCGCCAUACAUUUGAGAAGCCAUAUCACUGUCAUCAAUGUGACUAUAAAUCUGUGGUAGCUCAUAAUCUGAAAAACCAUAUAAUAGCCCUUCAUACUCGUGAGAAGCCUCGACGAUGCCCUUAUUGCGACUAUAAAUGUGUUUUAUCUCAGGAUUUGAGAAAUCAUGUAAUGUCCCGUCAUACAUUUGAGAAGCCACAUCACUGUCAUCAAUGUGAAUAUAAAUCUGUCACAUCUACAGCAUUGAAAAAUCAUAUAAUGACCCAUCAUACAUGAGGAGCCUCGCAAAUAUCCUAACUAUAAGUCUGAAACAUCUUUUAAGUUGAAAAAACUUAUAAUGGCCUGUCAGACAAGUAAGAAACCUUAUUAAUUUCAUCAAUGUGACUAUAAAUCCGUUUCAAAUACUAUAUUGAAAGCAUAUAUAAUGGACCAUCAUACAGGUAAUAAGUCUCAUAAAUGUUCUCAUUGUCACUAUCAAUUUGAAACGUCUGUUGAAUUGAAAUACAAAAUUUAACAGUUCGUAAUACACUUGAGAAGCCUCAUCAAUAUGGAUGACCCAUUUUGAGCAGAACUAAUUUCAUUAGAAUAAAAUAAGACUAUUGAUUUUUUAUUCCAAUAGAAUGUAAAAUAUUAUCGCUUAUGAUAUAUGAAAGAAUUUACUCACAACAUUCUCAAUGAUUAAAAUUCUCAGAUGAAGUGUCGUAAAUAGUAAAGAAGAGAUUUAUAGGAAUUGAGAGACUGCAGGUUACUAUGGAAGUGGAUUUUUAAAAUUAAGGAAUGAAUUGUUCACUUUGAGAGUAAAUUGUUUAAGUUAUAUUUAAUUCAGUUGGCUUAAAUUAUUAUUGGAUUUGUUAUGAUUUUAUGAUUAAAUUAAAUUAAAGACUGACAAGAUUUCAGAUAAAUGACUAUAUAACUUCAGAUUGGUGAAAUAAAAAAUGUUCUAUUUAACAAAUGCAAUUUGUGAACAAUGAUUCAUAUCAUUACAAAUUAUUAAGAAUUAGAAACCCCCAUAAUCUGCAUUUUAUUUUACUUUUUUCCUACUUAUUUAUCAUUGGAUAUAAAAAAUUUCAAUUUUUUUCCAACUCGAUUUAAAAAAAAAAUUACUUCUUUCUAAUAUUUGAAGUUUAUAAUAUAUAAGAGUGGAACAAAAUAAGCAAUCUGAUUCAAAGAGUUAGUCAUAACAAAGAAGAAACGAAAACUGGACUGAAUUACAGUGGUGGAAUUGUUAAUUAAAUUUUGAUUUUGACUGUAAGCCUGUAAAUCCGGCUUAUCAAUGUUAACCUGAUUAAUAAUAUGUUCACUUCAUACACUGAAAAACAUAUUUUUCCAUCUUACAGGAGAGAAACCUCAUAACUAUCCUUAUUGUGAAUAUGAAUAUGUUACACCUCAAGGUUUAAAAAAUUAUAUGAAGAUCGAUCAUCAUCAUACUGAGAUGAAGUAAUCCCAUUACUGUGACUAUUGUCUGUUGAAAAGUGUGAUUUAAAAUAACUAAGUCUUCUUUUAUCAGUGAUAGACCUCAAAGCAGAAUAAUAGAUGACAGUGUGGCAUUGUUACAGAACAAAAAUGAGGUCAUAAGAUAAUGGCCUAGCAUCUACUGUGUUGAGAGAACUUGUGUGAUAACCUUAUUAUAUAUUUAAACUUAUUCAAAUCAUGUGUUAUAACCUAGCCUACCAGUUAGUUUCAGAUGCAUGAAAGACUAGUGUGAUUGUUUAUAGUUAUUAUAGUUAAUUUCUAUAAAUUAAAGUGUUAUUUACUUAGUGUAAUUUUAUAGAAUUUCUGUUAAUAGAACCAAAUUCUAGGAAUCCCACAUGUUCUCUACAUCAAAUUUUAAGAAGUUACAUUAAAUAAAUAACAAUUUUAUUUAUAUAAAUCAACCAUAAUCACACUAAUCUUUUAUGUAUCUUACAUUAACUUGCUAAGUUACAAUAAUCAAAUUUAUAACAUAUAUUUUUAAUAUAUAAUAAGGUUAUCACACAUGUUCUCUAAAUGGUCUUUUAAUAAAAACAUUGCAAUGUCCAUUUGAUUGUUUUCUAUUCUGUUAACAUCAACAAAAUACCUAAGUGUCCUGUAGCUGUGAUUGAAUGAUUUUUCAUUUGAACUGAUUUAAAGAAUAAACGUAUCUUCUGUUGUUAAUAAUAGAAAUAAAAAAGAAAAAUAUUUUAUGGAGUUUUCCAAUUUUCAACCCAAACAUGUGGAUCAUCGUCAGAGCAAUGGUUUGAAGGUCAGACAAGCACUGGCCACUAGAAGCAAAAGUGUAUAAGUGUAAAAAAAUACUUUUGAUUAAACAAUGGUUAAUUGAUUAAUUAACUCUCUCCUGUAAUCGAAACAAAUUUUUUAGACUUAUAAAUCUAUAUAUAUAAAAAUGAAUGUAUGUCUGUCCGUCUGUUUGUCCUUGGUGCAUUACUAAACCAUUCAUCCGAUCUCCAUGAAACUUUGGGAAGUUGUUCCAUACACUCCUGGGAAGGUUUCUGGCAUAUUACUUCUGUCUUACGAUAAUUUUAUAUAUGUAAAAAAAAUAAAAAUGUAAAUGUUUUUCUGUUCAAAGCCGCAAAAAAAAUGUGUCGCUAUAAGCUGUAGUGCAAAAACGGCUUUACCGAUUUUAACGAAACUUGUCUAAAGUCUUCCCCUUGAAACCCUUUUCAAGAUAACAUACUUUCCCGAAAACAAGCUGAAAAAUGUUACGAUGUAUUCAAUAUUUUAUUUGACCAUAACUAAAAAAGUACAGAACUUUU